GAGGCGGAAGUUGCACCCGAGGCGGAAGUUGCACCCGAGACGCAAACGGCGACACACAUGCCCGUACUUGGCGACCACAAGGCAAGACGACGUUUAAUCGACUUUAAAAACAUUCAACAUGUUCAAAGAGUUGGUGAAGGAGCGACUGAUGGCGGCGGCCGAUGAAAUAUUCGCACUGUUCGAAGGAACGAUCGCGUCCUACGAGGAGGAACUUUCUCGAACAAAAGAAAGGAACGAGCUGCAACGACAACAACUGGACGCUGUUCGCAAGACUCAAACAGUUACACAACUUAAAGACAUCCAGCCGCUGAUUGUUUGUCAGGAUGGACGUCCCUCUGAGCUGCAGAAGCAGAAGGAUCCACAGCCCCUGCACAUUAAAGAGGAGGAGGAGCAGGAGGAGGAGGACCUCUGGAUCAUUCGUCUUCCAGCGCCGGAGGAAGAUAAUCUCGCAAAAUUGCCACAGGCUGGUGUCUCCAUGAAGUAUGAAGACCGUGACCACAUACCACUUCAGUCCUCGCCGCUUCGUCGCCGUCCAGGUAAGGAGAACAAACGGGCGGAGUCUCCAAGGAGCAGCUCACCAAAACACGCGACGACAGAAGAUGACGGAGAUGACUGCGGAGGAUCCCAAGCAGACAACCUCUUGGCUCCACUCUCAGAUAGUGACAGCACAAUAUCUCACUCCGACAAAGGCAGGUACGACACCCAAAAACCUUUGUGCAGUGGUACGGACUGUGAAAGUGACAUGAGGACGCCGACUGACAACCUACAGUCCGAACACUCCGAAAAAAAGACACAUUCGAUUACGGGGAAUAUUCACAAGAGAACACACACAGUGGAAAAAGCUUUUGUUUGUCCGUUUUGUGAUAAACGAUUCUCUCAACAAUCAACAAUGUUAAAUCACAUUCGAACGCACACAGGAGAAAAACCGUUCAGUUGUUUUGUUUGUGCUAAACGAUUCUCUCAAAAAUGCACCAUGUUAAAUCACAUGAGAACGCACACGGGAGAAAAGCCUUUUGUUUGUUCAUUUUGUGGCGAACGCUUCACGCAGAAAACAUAUUUGGUGUCGCACAGGAGAACGCACACAGGAGAAAAGCCCUUUAGUUGUUCAGCCUGUGGUAAAAUAUUCUCUUAUAAGUCAAAUAUGGUCAAGCACAUGAGAACGCACACAGGAGAAAAACCUUUCAGUUGUUCAGUGUGCGAGAAACCGUUCUCUGAUAAGUCAAAUAUGUUAAAACAUAUGAGAAAACACAAGACGAUGGCCUUUUAGUUGUUGCCAAAGAUUCUUUAAAGGAGUCCAAUCUGGUGAAACACUAAAAAACGCACAAAGCAGGGAAACACUAUUCGUUAUUUUACUUACUUCCUGUUUACCUCCAGGCAAGUAAAGGAUUAAAGGAACUUUGUCAUACCAACACAUAUGACUGCACUCACAUAAUUUUUGGAGUAAUUAGAUUUUCCAGGUAUAUUGGUGGCACAAGUCUAUAAGACACAUUGAAACAAGGCGCUUUAGUUCAUUCAAUGUCUCCGUCCUCCUCCAGCCCUUGUGCUGGAUUUUGUGCGGUUGCUUUUCCUUUUUCUAUGGCCGAGAUGUCAGGUCCAUUGUUUUGAACUUUUAGUGGUUUCUUCUGCAUGAUGAGUGUGAUUGCAUAAGGGCUGACUAAAUAAGUGCGUUUGAUUUAAAGUGAACUAUUGAAUUGAAGUGAAGUGAAUUAUAUUUAUAUAGCGCUUUUCUCUAGAGACUCAAAGCGCUUUACAUAGUGAAACCCAAUAUCUAAGUUACAUUUAAACCAGUGUGGGUGGCACUGGGAGCAAGUGGGUAAAGUGUCUUGCCCAAGGACACAACGGCAGUGACUAGGAUGGCGGAAGCGGGAAUCGAACCUGCAACCCUCAAGUUGCUGGCAAGGCCACUCUACCAACCGAGCUAUACCGUGAUCCGUUUGGCCAUUUCAUUGGUCUAUAUUUUCAACUGCGGGGAGGGUAAAGGCCUACUGAAAUGAGAUUUUCUUAUUUAAACGGGGAUAGCAGCUCCAUUCUAUGUGUCAUACUUGAUCAUUUUGUGAUAUUGACAUAUUUUUGCUGAAAGGAUUUAGUAGAGAACGUCGACGAUAAAGUUCGCAACUUUUGGUCGCUAAUAAAAAAGCCUUGCCUGUACCGGAAGUAGCAGACGAUGUGCGCUUGACGUCACGGGUUGUGGAGCUCCUCACAUCUGAACAUUGUUUACAAUCAUGGCCACUAGCAGCGAGAGCGAUUCAGACCGAGAAAGCGACGAUUUCCCCAUUAAUUUGAGCGAGGAUGAAAGAUUUGUGGAUGAGGAAAGGACUAGAGAAAAAAAAGAUGAGGAGAGUGAGAGCGAUUCAGAUGUUAUUAGACACAUUUACUAGGAUAAUUCUGGAAAAUCCCUUAUCUUCUUAUUGUGUUACUAGUGUUUUAAUGAGAUUAUAUGGUCGGACCGGAAAGUCGGAGGGGUGUGGUGACCGCCAGUGUCUUCGAUGGAAGCCACGUUUUUUCGACAAGGCAAGGCUGCCGGGCUGAGAUUUUUUUUUUCCCCCCUCCACGGUGUAAGCAUCCGACGGUCGGUGGCGGCUGGUGGGAGGAGGCAAGAGAGUCCGCAGCUGCAGGAGGCACGACGCAAGCUCUCCGCUCAUAACUACGGUUAGAGCCGACUUAAUACCACCAUUUGCACACCGAAACCUGCCGGUUCACAUGUGGUAGGCAACCAUGUUCGCUUGACCGCUCUGUUCCAUAGUAAAGCUUCACCGGCUGUGUUUGUGUUUCUAAAGGUGGCCGCAAUACACCGCUUCCCACCUACAUCUUUCUUCUUUGACGUCUCCAUUAUUAAUUGGACAAAUUGCAAAAGAUUCAGCAGCGCAGAUGUCCAGAAUACUGUGUAAUUAUGCGAUUAAAGCAGACGACUUUUAGCUGGGAUCAGUGCUGGAUCAAAAUGUCCGCUACAAUCCGUGACGUCACGCGCACGCGUCAUCAUACCGCGACGUUUUCAACAGGAUACUUUGCGCGAAAUUUAAAAUUGCAAUUUAGUAAACUAAAAAGGCCGUAUUGGCAUGUGUUGCAAUGUUAAUAUUUCAUCAUUGAUAUAUAAACUAUCAGACUGCGUGGUCGCUAGUAGUGGCUUUCAGUAGGCCUUUUAAAUUUAUCGGUUGCAUUUGAAGCUAGUCAACCCGGGGAAAAAAAAUCCAUAUAAUAUCUGCAACAUUGUAUAAAGUGCAUUAUUCAAAACAUGGCCAAAUAGUAUUGGCUUAUACUCCGGAAAUUACAGUAUGUCAAAAUAUUUUUUUAAGGAAAGAUUCCCUGAAAACAGGAGGACCCCUUACUGUAUUUAACCAAUCAUUGUCGACAGCACACACUACCCCUGUGAAGGUUCCAGGAAGUUUCCAAAACUUCAACCGAGCUCACGAGAACUCAGAAAAGUUCCUGAAGAACUAGUUUAGGGUGUAAACACAGGGCGAUCUUUAUUUCCUGUAAAAGUUCCUGUGGUGGAAAAGGGAAUUUUGAAAGCAAAACCAAAAUGAUCUAAUUUUGUAGGGUUGUUUAGUUACCAGUGACUUUGUUUUGCUUCAAAAUUGUUUUAUAAUAUAAGAGUAAAGAACUGGUAGUUUAAAUAUUCUGUUGAUAUUAUUUAACUGUCAAUAGUACUCAUCUUAAGCAAACUGAUAAAAAUGGACAGUUAAAGUUAAAGUAGCAAUGAUUGUCACACACACACCAGGUGUGGCGAAAUUAUUCUCUGCAUUUGACCCAUCACCCUUGUUCACCGCCUGGGAGGUGAGGGGAGCAGUGAGCAGCAGCACUGGUCGCGCCCGGGAAUCAUUUUUGGUGAUUGAACCCCCAAUUCCAACCCUGAGUGCCAAGCAGGGAGGUAAAUGAUAAAUGAUAAAUGGGUUGUACUUGUAUAGCGCUUUUCUACCUUCAAGGUACUCAAAGCGCUUUGACACUACUUCCACAUUUACCCAUUCACACACACAUUCACACACUGAUGGAGGGAGCUGCCAUGCAAGGCGCCAACCAGCACCCAUCAGGAGCAAGGGUGAAGUGUCUUGCUCAGGACACAACGGACGUGACGAGGUUGGUUCCAGGUGGGAUUUGAACCAGUGACCCUCGGGUUGCGCACGGCCACUCUCCCACUGCGCCACGCCGUCCCAACUACACACACCGAAACCUGCCGGUUCACAUGUGGUAGGCAACCAUGUUCGCUUGACCGCUCUGUUCCAUAGUAAAGCUUCACCGGCUGUGUUUGUGUUUCUAAAGGUGGCCGCGAUACACCGCUUCCCACCUACAUCUUUCUUCUUUGACGUCUCCAUUAUUAAAUGAACAAAUUGCAAAAGAUUCAGCAGCGCAGAUGUCCAGAAUACUGUGUAAUUAUGCGAUUAAAGCAGACGACUUUUAGCUGGGAUCAGUGCUCGAUCAAAAUGUCCGCUACAAUCCGUGACGUCACACGCACGCGUCAUCAUACCGCCACGUUUUCAACAGGAUACUUUGCGCGAAAUUUAAAAUUGCAAUUUAGUAAACUAAAAAGGCCGUAUUGGCAUGUGUUGCAAUGUUAAUAUUUCAUCAUUGAUAUAUAAACUAUCAGACUUCGUGGUCGGUAGUAGUGGCUUUCAGUAGGCCUUUUAAAUUUAUCGGUUGCAUUUGAAGCUAGUCAACCCGGGGAAAAAAAUCCAUAUAAUAUCUGCAACAUUGUAUAAAGUGCAUUAUUCAAAACAUGGCCAAAUAGUAUUGGCUUAUACUCCGGAAAUUACAGUAUGUCAAAAUAUUUUUUUCCCGGUGCGUGUUCAUAAAUUUAAGGAAAGAUUCCCUGAAAACAGGAGGACCCCUUACUGUAUUUAACCAAUCAUUGUCGACAGCACACACUACCCCUGUGAAGGUUCCAGGAAGUUUCCAAAACUUCAACGGAGCUCACGAGAACUCAGAAAAGUUCCUGAAGAACUAGUUUAGGGUGUAAACACAGGGCGAUCUUUAUUUCCUGUAAAAGCUCCUGUGGUGGAAAAGGGAAUUUUGAAAGCAAAACCAAAAUGAUUUAAUUUUGUAGGUUGUUUAGUUACCAGUGACUUUGUUUUGCUUCACAAUUGUUUUAUAAUAUAAGAGUAAAGAACUGGUAGUUUAAAUAUUCUGUUGAUAUUAUUUAACUGUCAAUAGUACUCAUCUUAAGCAAACUGAUAAAAAUGGACAGUUAAAGUUAAAGUAGCAAUGAUUGUCACACACACACCAGGUGUGGCGAAAUUAUUCUCUGCAUUCGACCCAUCACCCUUGUUCACCCCCCUGGGAGGUGAGGGGAGCAGUGAGCAGCAGCACUGGUCGCGCCCGGGAAUCAUUUUUGGUGAUUGAACCCCCAAUUCCAACCCUGAGUGCCAAGCAGGGAGGUAAAUGAUAAAUGAUAAAUGGGUUGUACUUGUAUAGCGCUUUUCUACCUUCAAGGUACUCAAAGCGCUUUGACACUACUUCCACAUUUACCCAUUCACACACACAUUCACACACUGAUGGAGGGAGCUGCCAUGCAAGGCGCCAACCAGCACCCAUCAGGAGCAAGGGUGAAGUGUCUUGCUCAGGACACAACGGACGUGACGAGGUUGGUUCCAGGUGGGAUUUGAACCAGUGACCCUCGGGUUGCGCACGGCCACUCUCCCACUGCGCCACGUCGUCCCAACUACACACACCGAAACCUGCCGGUUCACAUGUGGUAGGCAACCAUGUUCGCUUGACCGCUCUGUUCCAUAGUAAAGCUUCACCGGCUGUGUUUGUGUUUCUAAAGGUGGCCGCGAUACACCGCUUCCCACCUACAUCUUUCUUCUUUGACGUCUCCAUUAUUAAAUGAACAAAUUGCAAAAGAUUCAGCAGCGCAGAUGUCCAGAAUACUGUGUAAUUAUGCGAUUAAAGCAGACGACUUUUAGCUGGGAUCAGUGCUGGAUCAAAAUGUCCGCUACAAUCCGUGACGUCACGCGCACGCGUCAUCAUACCGUGACGUUUUCAACAGGAUACUUUGCGCGAAAUUUAAAAUUGCAAUUUAGUAAACUAAAAAGGCCGUAUUGGCAUGUGUUGCAAUGUUAAUAUUUCAUCAUUGAUAUAUAAACUAUCAGACUGCGUGGUCGGUAAUGGGUCCCAUUUUUUUAGUCUUUGGUAUGACUCGGCCGGGGUUUGAACUCACAACCGACCGAUUUCAGGGCGGACACUCUAACCACUAGGCCACUGAGUAGGCCUGUGCCUUAUUAUCCGUAAUUACUUACUGCCCAUGUUGCCUUUUUGGCAAGCAGGGCAACAAAAAAGAUUUCCGGACACCUUACUUUAUUUUUGUCUUGGUUUUAUAUUGUUAGAGUUCUAUAUGUUAUCAGGCUCUGUUGAGUCUGUCUCUGAAAUUGAUGUCUGCACCCAGUCAUGUGUUACAGUACUCCCAAGACAUGUGGACUCAUUGAUUGUUGUUGGGUUACUUUAUACAGAUCAUUAGUUUAUGGAUCUGAAAUAUCAAGGGUCGUCAUUUCCGUUCAAUUUGUGUUAAGUUUGAGCAACUUGAGAGUUUUUCCUCCAGGGUGUUUGUACCUGUGCUGUCCGUCUAUGGUAUAGCAGUAGUUUACAUGUACUGUAGUGAUAGGUGAAGUAUGGCCAAGUUAAAAUAGCAAGGACGCAAUAAAAAAAAUGGAAAUAAUGAAAUUAUUCCAAAGUCAACAGUAAAUCAAAAACACAAAAAAAUCACUGCGAUGGCAGAACGAUUAUGGUCUGAGAAAAGCAAAGUCCAAACUGGCGCUACAAAAGAUAGCUCGCCACUUCAAGGAUAGCAUGAAAACAGUCCCUAAAACUGCAAGAAGAUAGUUCAGGUCGGCAGCAACACAACCAGCACCAUCACAAUAAACAUCGGGGUCCUCCAAGGAUCCGUUCUUAACCCCCUGCCCUUCUUGAAUUCUCCUCAUUCUCUUUCAUUUACCUUUUAUUCUUGCACAUUUGGCUAUGGGUGUUUGUUUAUUUCAGGUUAGAUUGUACAUAUUCAUGCUACUAUUUACAUUUUGAAUAUACGUUUUAUUGGUAUGUGUUGUUUGUACUUUGGGAAGGGGGGGGAAAAGGAAACAGGAUUUUCAUGCUCUGGACAUAUGGUGAAUUAGCAAUAAAGACUCUUGAAUCUUUGAAUAAAAGUACCAGUAAUAAAAGUAA